UCUAUAACUGAAAGGGAUUAUAUCUCUUUCAAUGUCAAUUUCUUAAUUUAAAAUAUUCUUUUUAAUCAAUUUCGUGAAAUUUUUCAUGGCUUGUUCAAUAGAUUUGUUUAGCAAGAAAUGAAAAGUAUAAACUUGGUUGUGCAACCACUUAAACAAAAGGUAGAGUAAUCCAAGAGAUGAUGAAAAUAUUCAUCAUAUUUUGAGUUUGAACCUUGAGAUCAACAAUCAUUUUAAAUAAAUGGUAGGAUAAAGAGUCAUAACUCUUUUAAUCUGAAAUUCUUUAUUUAAAUAUGAGAAAUAUAAUAUUUUGUUGGAUUUAAGCCACUUUUGAACCAUUAGAAUUAUAAUUUCUCGAGUUUUGUUUUUCAACUUCUUCUUACUUAAAUUUAUGAGUUAUGACUCCACUACUAUGAAGUAAGAACUAUAUUAAAUCAGAAGUGAAUAAUACUGGAUGGAAUGAAUAUUUUAUAUGAGUAUGAUACUUAAACUUCUUUUUCUGUCUAAUUAGAUUAUGAACUGGAGCAACCAAGCAACAAGUUAUUAGAUACUAGUCAUAAAAAAAGAAGUUAUUAGAUACUCAAAGAUAUUUGCUAGUAAAAUCUAUGAAAAAACCAAAAAUCACACUCAUUGCAUGGUGAAUCUCAAUGACAUCAACUAUAUCAACGUUCAGGUAUGACCAACUGGAUAAAAAUUAAAUACACAUUUUUGAAAAAGUGAAGAUUCAUUCUAGCUAGCCCUCAGGUCUUCCUGAAUCCUGAUACAAUUUCAAGUUUUCAACUGAUUGUUGUAUAUUUUUCUGAACAGCAAAAAACGCGGGCCCGCAAUAAACAAUGGGCCCUAAGCUACCUAGAGACUAAGUUGGGCCUUCAAUUACAAAUCUGGUCCAUCACCUUCAACUGGGCCAAGCAGGCUCUCCCAUUUCUCGGAAGGAAUCCCGAACUAAAUCGGCCCACUUCCUUUCCAAUUGAGCGUCUCUCCAGAGAUGGGUUUUCUAGACCACCUAACGGACUUUUACACGGUUAGCAAAUAGCAACCCAACACUCCCAGUUCCCUCCCUUCCCCCGUUCGCCGGUGGCCGGCGAUCCUCGAAAUCACGGCGUAGUGGGUCCUUACUUUCAUCUAGUUCAAGGUGGCUCUCGCUUUUAUGUUGGAGAUCAGUAAAACAUGGCAGCAAGCGAGCUAGCUAAAGCUAAGUUAACCCCUUCUUACUUUUUCAUUCCCUUGCUGUCCUGUGCACUUUACAGCAUAACUUGGUUUUCCCUUCCGUAUGUGAAUAAUGAUCAGCUUGUGGCCCUUUAUUAUUCAUUUAUUCAGCCUAUCAUAGUUCUUUCCUUGCUGUUCUACAGAUGCGGUCCUGAUUGCUUUAGGCUGAUUGUUUUGGUGAAUUGGCAUAAUUUCCUACAAUGGGUGGGUUGAUUGAUUAGUAAAGUUGUAAACUUGGAGGAUUGUUGUUUGACAGUUCUGCCUGCAAGUUGCAAUGCCCCCAGCAGAGUUUCGUUAAUGAUCUACGGGGGCGAAUUUAGUAGUUUUUGGCUGUUGAAAUGGGAUGUGUUAGGAUGGUCCUUCUGCUUUAGUGUAGGGUUCCCACUGGCAGAUUGAACUUAGAAGGCCAGUUCAGUUGGGACUUGGGUGGGUUUGUUUGUGUUGCUUCUGCUCCUAGUGUAUAUUCUACCAAUCACUAAGAUUUUCCCUCAUUCCACUGAUUGUAUAUGUGAUGAUUUUGUGUGGUAGCUUUAUGGUGCUGGUCUACAUUUAAGUUCAGCCUAGAAUAGCAAUGGAAGUAUCAAGCACAGCAAAUUUUAGUACUUAGUGAAGCUACUUCUUAGGUUUCGAAGGGUUGUAGUUUGGAUUUCGAUCACCAGCCACCAGGUAGCCAUAAUGCUCAACCUCAAUUGGGCUCAAAAGUUAAAACUCAAGCAAAAGGCAAGUUGAGUAGCAGAGUUGCAAAGUUUCUUCUUUGCUGUUUUGAUAUCAUCAUCACUGUGAUAGUUGUGGUUCAGCUGGUGCUGUCAAUGAACGGACUUCAUAACUCGUUCAAGUUGCCACACAAAGCACAUCUCAAUACCUCAUCAACACAUUAUGCAUCAUCUUUCCCUUUUCUCCACUCACUUGGAUUUCCUUUUCCAAGGUUACCAUCCUGGGUACUAUCGAUCCCUAUCGUUUCAAAUCCAUGGACAAAGUUAGUGCAGGACAUGCUGCAUCUCUAGCCUAUCUAUUCCCCGAGAUUUUCCCCUUUUGUGUGCAUACUUGUUUAGUUCGAGAGCUUCAUACCUUGGAAGUCCAGCAUGUAUUACCGGCAAGACCAGCUUGGCAAAGGUGAGAAAAAAGGUAGCUUAGGUGCCUGUUACUUUCUUGCCUCACAUCGUGAUUAUGACUUGAGCUGUAAGGUUUUUCUUUAAGUCCAUUGUUGCUGUCUGUAAUUAUAAAGAAGCAAUCAUCUUCAAAAAACCAUUUCAACUGGGCCUACUCAUAGGAAUAGUUUUGUUACUUGUCUGCACUUGGUUGUUUCUUAUUAUCUUGGAACCUGGAGUAGUGAGGGCCACCAAAACCAUUUUCUUGUGUUGUUAUUACCUGUGCAAGCAAAAGUAGCUCUUCUAAAGUGUUCUUUUUUUCCUUAUUUCAGGCCUUUCUUGCUGUCUUCAUACUGAUUUCUUCAUUUUCCUUGUGGCGGAUACCAGAAUGACCUGAACCAAUGUUCCUUGUCCCCCAUACCCGGACCUACUUGGGGGGUGAAAAAGGAUCACAUUUCCUUGGUGGGUAUUUGGAAGAGAUAUGAAUCCAUAAAUUCGCGUGAUUGGUCGGUUCACUUACACAGUGAAAUGGGUUAGAUUUAGAUUCAUUGCAUUUUCAUCUUGAUCAGGCAAAGGAUAUAAGGUCCAUCUUGCUACCUUUGAGUCACUGUCAUGAUCUCCUCCUCCUGACUUCUCCAGCUUUCUUUCUAUAAUCAAUCAUCUUUCCAAAACGUGAAGUUGGGUUGCUUUCAUGACCUGAACAUCUGUGGUACUUAGAACUGCAAAGAGUCUUUUUGUAUUCAAUCACCACAAGUCGGGCAGAGAUAUGAGUUUUGCAUUAUGGAUUAUAAUUAAACCGAUUCAGAGACAUAAUCAUCUUGUUUUUCGUUCUUCCUCGUUUAUUUUCGGCAAAUGAAUACUUGCAGGAGGUGGGUGUGUCCAUUGCACUAGGAGCUAAGCAAAGAGUCAUGUUUUGGGUGGUUUGAAAGUCAUCCGUUAUGAUUCAUUUUGACUUUUGCUUAUUGUUUCUUGUGUCCUAAGAUUCAUCACUCUCAAGGGCUCUUUCUCCUUAGCGAUUAAGUCUUUGGAAUUCUCUGCCCAUGCUAUGCUUUAUCCUCAACGAAAAUGAAGUAGAAGAGUAUCAAAAUGAAUCCAUCAUAGCCAAUGAAAAAGAUGGUGAUAAUUGAAAGAUAAACCACCACGUGGCAGGAGCCUAUAGGGUAGCUGGAGUCAUUCCGGUGCACCCUAGCUGUACGCGCUACUUCCCCUUUACAAACGAAAAGACACGUGGAGCUCUCAACGUCGCAAGUUAACGGAGUCGGCCAAAAAUUUUCUGGACGGCGUCAAUCCUCGGUCUUAUAAAAAUAAAAGCCUCAUGCAUUUGAUCUCUUCCCACCUGUAACCUGACCCACCCCGCUACCACUUACGAACCUUCGGGUCCCCACCGAACCAAUCGACGGUCCAGAUCAAUUUUCUGGAUUUCAACGGCUGAGAUCCGAAUCCGUGCCCGAAAAACGCCAGGCGCCUUUCGUUUCGCCAAGUAUAUAGCGAGAGAAAGAUUCAGAGGUAAGGAAAAGAAAAGAAAAGAAAAGAAAGGAAAAGAAGAAGAGAAAGUUUCCAUUCACUUCUGCUGCGUGUUCUCCGCUCUCUUUUACCUGCUGCUUCGGGAGAGUUCUUAGGGUUUUUGAAGGGUUUUUUGGCAGCAAUCGAUCGCCAUGGCUGAGCAUCACGAGAAGAAGGAGGAGUCACUGAUGGAGAAGAUAGCGGACAAGAUCCACGGAGGCGAUGAUUCGUCCUCGUCGUCGUCCGACUCCGAUCACGACGACCAUCCCAAGAAAUCGUCCUCGCCGGCUUCUCCGUCGUCGAUGAAGUCCAAAAUCAAUCGUCUCUUUGGCCGCGAGAAGCCGGUUCACAAGGUUCUCGGUGGUGGAAAACCUGCGGAUGUUUUCCUGUGGAGGAACAAGAAGAUCUCCGGUGGAGUGCUUGGUGGCGCAACUGCUGCGUGGGUGCUCUUUGAAUUGCUCGAGUACCACCUUCUUACGCUGGUUUGCCAUGCCUUGAUCCUUGCACUGGCUGUUUUGUUUCUGUGGUCUAAUGCCUCCGCCUUUAUUAACAAGACCCCUCCACGCAUUCCACAAGUUCACAUCCCUGAAGACCCAGUUCUGCAAGUUGCUGCUGCGCUUAGGAACGAGAUCAAUUGUGGGUUGGCUACUCUUCGUGAAAUUGCAUCUGGAAGGGAUCUGAAGAAGUUCUUGGCUAUAAUUGCUGGAUUGUGGGUCUUGUCUAUCGUGGGGAGCUGCUGCAACUUCUUGACUUUGUUCUACAUAGUUUUCGUGCUUCUCCACACAGUCCCAGUGUUCUAUGAGAAGUAUGAAGACAAGGUGGAUGACUUUGGUGAGAAGGCAUGGAUCGAGAUCAAGAAACAGUGGGCAGUGUUUGACGCGAAGGUGCUAAGUAAGAUACCUAAAGGCCCAUUGAAGGACAAGAAGAAGGCUUAGAUGAUUUGAGUGGGGCGGUUCUAAAAUUGUGUGCUUUGUUCCUUGGAGUUCUGAGUUCCUGACACAAGAUUUGUUAGCCCGUAUUUUGUGAAGGGAGUUAUUUGUGGAAAACUCUGGUCGGUACUACUGCAUAGAUCAUCAUCCCCUGCUUAUUUCUUCCCCCCUAUGUUGUUUACCUUUGCCUUUUAGGUUGGUUGGUCUGUUGGGUUGUAGAAUGUGGAAUGAGAGAACGUGGGGAAGUAAUACUUCUGUUGCCUUAUACUUUUAUGCUUUAAGCAGCUUGUAGUUUUGAUUGGUAAACCUCUUUUGCUACUGAAAUUCUCUGCUUGUACAUUGGGGAUCUACUUUCUAGUGGUGCUUCGAUCAUUGUCAGAUCUGAAUUCACUUCACAUUAUAACUGAUGAUCAAUCUGGGUUUUAGAGUUUAAUUGGGCUCCUUUACAGCUGAGCCGGCAGUGCGUUAGCUCAACUGGUGGAGCCGCUCUAUGUGUUUUAGACACGAAGAGCUCCCAUCCAACACGUGGUGCUCCUGUCGUCCUAAUUUUGAUCUAAAGAUCAUGGUGUUGAAGGUAAGGAUGUAAUUUGUGCAAGAAUGAGAUUAUGAAGUUAAUUCUUCUCUGUAUUCACGAGCCCCUGUUUUGGUAUUCUCAAGAAUGAAACUUUGAUAAUCUA